GAAAAGCGUGAAAUAAAUGAAACAAAUAACAAUUACAAAUAAAUAAAUAUUUUGAAAUAUUUUAUGGUGACGUACCCAAGACAGUAUAAAUCAAAUAUUUAUAAAAAUGAAUAGUAUGAAGCCACAACAAUUCGUUUUCGCACCUCGAUUUCUGCACAAGACCGCCGCCUCCUCAAGUUGCUUUUGCGUUGAUGUCUGCACUGGAGCGCAUCGUACAACGAAUUAACGAAGUCAAUUUUUCGCCAUCACUUUAUGUAGUCACAGCUAAAUCCUCAUAUACUUCUGGUUUUGCUCAACAUAACAAGCUUGAGUCGGGCGGUGGCGUAGCGUGGCGUGGCCAUGGGGCUGGGGAACAUCCUGCUGCUGACGCAGGCCACCUGCUACACCCUCACCCUGGUGCUGUCGGUGUGUACGGUGGUGCCCACGGCAGUGCACGUGCACAACUUUGCCGGGCGCUGCCUGCUGUACACGACGGGCACCUUUGACAGCGACGACGGGCACUUCAUCGCCCGGUGGGCGUCGCCCUUCUACUGCCUCUUCACCCUGGCCGUGGGCGGGCUCAUGCUGGUCGUGUCGCUCGUGCAGCUGGUGCGCAUGUCCGUCUUCCUGUACAAGGGAUGCGACAGCUCCUUCCUGUCGGCCUUCCUGGACUCUGUGGUGAGCAUCCUGGUGAUGCUGCUAGUGUUCAUCACCUCCGUGCUGGUGUCGGAUGGCUUCCGCACCUGGUGCCGCGCCAUCACCCAGCGGUUUCCCGCGUGCGAAGACGCCUCGGUGACUCAGAUCAGCAAACCCGACAAUGUGGACACGGUCGGGUUCUAUAUGCACGUUGGCACGGCCCAGUUUGGCGCCUGGAGUUCGUGGGUGUGCUGGGUGCUUCAGGCGGUGCUGUGCACGCGGAAGUUGUGCCUCUACCACGAGCGGGAGAACCUGAUGAUCAGCAUGGCCAGGGAGCGGAGGCUCCUGAACGCCUCCCUCGAGCAGUCGGGCAGCCAGUGCGUCGAGGACACCGUGCCCAUCCUCGACUGAGCGCCGGCCACAAGCAGACGACACGUCGACGGCUCAGCAGUCGCUUCCGUCUCCCAUCAGCCUCCGUUCACAGACUGUUUCAGACGAGUCGUUGUCCGAGCUUAUCUCUCCAUGACACCGUUACUCGUCGUCGGCGACGAGAAUUGAUCGACCGGUUUAACGGUGAUCGUACGACGUGACCACAACUUUGGAGACACCUGUUGCACGCCGAGGAUAUGGCUUUCUGUGGCGUGCGCGCGGAGCGUCGGUCUUUUAGGAUGUUUGGUUCGAAAGGUUUAUGACGGAAACGGCGAAUCGACGUUUUUUGGGAACACGGUUCUCGUUGUUUUAGGGCUUGUCGUGAAAGGUUGCCGUGUUUUGUUGUCGAAGGCCGCGACCUCUCGUGGGAUCACCGAGCUAUCGCUGACUGCAGUGGCGUGCUGGUGCUCGGCGAAGGUUCGGCAUUGUUCUUAUUACGAGACGGUGUGUCGUCCUAAUGCUCAGUGGUGCUAAGUUACGGUACGGAGGCAACGAUCUCCCAACUCGUGUUCGUUUUCGGAACUCGACAACCGGAGGAUUGAUCCUCAAAUCGUCGUCGGAUGAAGAUAGUUGCCGUGCCUUUGUUUGUUGUGGAUGAAGGAAGUUGGGAUUGAUUUUUCACAAAAGAAAUCAAGAAGGUCACGUUAUCGGGGGUGAUGUUAUCAUAAGUUACAGUUUUGAUCAUCUAGCUUUCUGUCAUAAUGAAUGAUUGCACCUUAAUCUGCUAGGCUUCUUGCUCUGUACAUCGUUUAAUCUUCUGGAAAUGGUGGUCUGUGACCUAAAUCUUUCGUGGUGAUAGGGCAUGGUCUCAUGACAGUAUGGCUGCUGGUUAUACUUCACAAUUGUGGAAGGCCGUUUUCGGAGACUUGAUUGUUGAUUACUAACUUUAAGCCUUUCUUUGACUACAUGUAAUGUUUGAAGACUAGUUGCACUUAAUGUUGUUACCAAAAAUUUUGCGUUGUUUAUUAUUUGUAAUCUUAAACUCUAUGCUUGCUCAGUAUACUUUAUUUGAAGGAUGUGUAUUGCAAAGCUGUUUUAAACUAUCUGAAGUAGCCUAAGGCGAAAUACCUGAUUAUACUACCUUCGGCUACGAGGAGGAUUACAAUCUUUUCAGUUAUGGAAGUGACACAACGUUUCGUGGUCAGCAGGAAUCUUUGUCAUCUAACAUUCUUGACCAUUGACAUGGCCUAUAUUUAUGUUAUAAGCAAAACAAAAUGUUUCGUUAAUGGUGCGAGACCUAGAAACCGCACAAAACAAUUGUCUAUUACCUUUUUUUGUGUGUCAAGUACUACUAGUAUGCCGAUACGACCUAGCUCACUUCAGAAAUAUCUCAUUUCCUUUGAGUUUUCUUGGCAUUACAACACCGUGUUGAGUGCUACUAAUAUUACGGAACCCUAGCUCUGAUAGUUUCGUGGGGUAUAUUGCGACGAGCAUGUGCAAUGUUUCAGGGAAAUAAUUUUUUUUUUUUUUUUUUGUGAGCAUUGUACAGAUACCUGGGAGAUUCGUUUUAUUCUCGCAAAAGUAGCAAGAAGGAUAAAAACGCAAGAGGAAUGUCUGAAAACCGAAGUUUUUAACUGUGGUGUUUGAAGUUGAUAGCCCUUCUUUUUGAUGGACUAAAAAAUUUGCGUUUGGAGCACUGCCAAUAUCACUUCUUUUUUUUUUCUUUUUUAAUCACUGCAUGUACUUACUUUUUAGCAGAAAUGUAUAAACGUUUUGUGCAUUUACAUUAGAGAAAAGUGUCGGUAUUUAGGAGUCAUGGCUCAACUAUAUUUAAGGAUGUCUCAAGUUUAUUUUCUGUGCUCUUUCAGUAUUUGUAGCCAUUGUGCUAUAUAUUUCAAUGAACACAUGUUUGCUAGUGUGACUGGGUAUGGUUUUUUGCACAAUGACAUGUUGACUUGUUGACCAAUGUUGACUGUUUGAUUGAGGAGGUGAAGUUUGAUCAUUAGCUGUACCAUUUGUCAUGCAACAGCAAACUGAUAUCUCUGCAAUGGACAAAGAUGCAUAUGUCACUGAGCUCGAUAAUAAACAAUCAUCACUUCUGCACUG